CACAAAGUUCACUGAUGCAGGCUAGCCAAUAAUAACUUUCAUACUGGAUAGAUAAUGUUGCCAUGCAAAAAAUGACAGAAAUAAUGCAAAACUAUGAAAAAAACCUGCAUGUAACUCUGGUAACUGCAGGGAGCGUGGCAGGGGCAAGUGCUGCCGUGACUCCUGUAAUCAGAUAUCUAAACGACUGGCAAUGCGCGCUGACUUAACCGGGAAACCCACUGAUCUGACGUCACAGGAGAAAACACCCAUAAGCAACCAAUAAACCGUGCCUUCAAAUGUAAAUAAAAUCAUAUGGACGGAGGAGGUUCUGCGAGUGCAAUUGUUCAGUGUGCACAAUCGAGUACCGGUCCUCACCUCAAAGACAGCACAAUGGUCGCUUUUACUUUAUAUCAGUGCACAACCAAGCAGGCCAGUCCGAGUAAAAGGAAAAGGCAGGGAAAUGAAGAUGUGACCCCAGAAGACAGAGUCGAAGCACUCAUCAGCAGGGCAAAUAUGAGGGCUCCUGUGAAAAAAGCCAGGUACCUAAGACACAGAAAGCAGAAAAUAGAGUCUAUGCUUAGCGACUCCGGCAUUGGAGAAGAUUUUGAGUCUCCUAGUCCCAGUCCUUCGUCAGAUGCAGGGUGUGAUAGCCCGAUGCUGGGGCAAUCCCAGUGGUCCACACCGCUAAUAGACUGGCAGAAUUUCAGAGAAUAUGGAGAUACUUGUUACUUAUACCAAAGGAACAACGAAGAGCGGUAUCAUCCAGUCAAUUGUCUAUCUAUUCAGCCGCAGGUUACAGCAGAAGCUAGAUGCAAGCUAAUCAGCUGGUUGAUCGCCGUCCAUAGACAUUUCAACCUGUGCUUUGAGUCUUUCUGCCUUGCAGUCAACAUCAUGGACCGUUUUCUCAUGACAACGCCAGUUGCCUCCGAUUGUUUCCAGUUGUUAGGCGUCACGUCACUGCUCAUCGCGUGCAAACAAGUAAGUUUUAGUCCACCACGGAUAAAGCAGUUGCUUGUCCUGUGCUGUGAUGCUUUUACAAAGGAUCAGCUUUGCAACCUAGAGUGCAUUAUCCUGAUCAAGUUGAACUUCAGUCUGAGGGCUCCAACACUCGCUUUCUUCCUCGAGCAUUUCACAAAACAGAGACUAGAGGGUGACGAUGAGCUAUGCAAACAAAGACUCUCAGAAUCAGGACAAACAGAAAACCUUGCCAGGAAGAUCGCUGAGCUCAGUCUGGCAGAUUAUGCAUUUAAUAGGUACCCUGCUUCCCUUCUGGCCAUUUGUUCAAUAGGGCUGGCAGACCAAAUUAUGGAUCUUCAUUACACGAUCAGUCAGGAUCUCAGUGGAUAUCCACAGAGUGUGGUGGAUGACUGUACAGAAAAUCUGAGGUUGCUAGUGUCACUCAACAGAGAAGUAUUACAUUCCUUGGCAGAAUUAUAA